AUCGGGACUGGUCCAUCUUAUGUAAAUUAAUUAUCCGCUUUGUUCUGUAUUUUCUGGUUUUCUAUAAUAAUCGGACAUUUUUAUGAUUGCCGCGUUCGGCAAUUCGACUUCUUUCUGCCGCCCGGCUUUAUUUGCAACAGAUCCCACUGCGACUGUGCCCUUCCCCAUCUCUCUCCGCCUCAUCGAUAUCGCAGCGUACUACCACUUCAAGUUGCUCAUCCUCCUACCCCCAUUGUUCUGUCUUCCCCUAUAUCGUCUGUGGAAGCAUCUCGUCCUCCUUACUAGUUUAACAUCUCUAGUACACCUUAAUUUCAGUCUAAAUUAACCGGCCUUCCCCGGUCGAUAAAGAGACGCCGAGUCACCGUUGACGUUGAUAACCGUAUCGACCUCAAGUAGGAAUGCAAGGCACUUCAGAGUUUGUAGACGAGCAGUCAAGAGCAGCUUCAAAAGCGCCUAUCGUGCGCAAUCCAAGAGCAUGCACCGUUUGUCGGGCAGCGAAGAUGAAAUGCGUCGGGGCAGAGGACGGUCUUAAGUCUUGCCAAAGGUGCAAAAGAACAGGUGUAGAUUGUGUCUUUGAGAAACAUCGCAGAGGGCGCAAACCUGGAUCAAAGCUAUCUGAAGCGUCUAAAAUGCUCCGACGCUUAGAGAAAGGAUUAAACACAGCGAAACUCAAACAAAGUGAUUCAUCGUUGUCGACAGUAUUCCCUGCCGAUCCCCGUACUCCUCAGGCAGAAAACACUCAGUUUGGCGGACUCCAGUCCUCUGACGCUUAUGGUUCCGCUGACGGAUAUGCGGCUUCAAGCGUCAGUUCACGCACUGUUGAUCCAGAGGAGGAAGAGGACGGGGAAAGGAGCGACGAGAAAUUCCCUGCCAAAUUAAUUAGAAGGGAAAACUCCUUUUUCAGGACCAUCCUCAACCCAGAACACAAGUCGCCAAUGCUCCAUGUGCCUCGAAAUCCUUACCUCCCACAGUCAUUGCGUCCGGCGCCUCUCCCGUUCGGCUGCAGUGAUCCAAUCACAGCCGGCUUAAUCAACGAAAACAAAGCAAAGAUCCUCUUUGACGCCAUCUUCCUUCGACUGAAUCCAUUUAUUAAUCUUUUCGAUCCAGCUCUGCAUUCUGUCGCCUAUGUGCGAUCUAAAUGCCCUUUGUUAUUUACUACCUUGAUAAUGGCUGGCUGCAAAUUCUUCGAACCAAGCUUAUACAAGGAGUGUCUGAAGCUUGCUAAUGACCUUGCAGUCCGGGCAUUUGCAGAAGGUUGGAAACGAGUAGAAGUUAUUCAAGCAUUUGCGUGCCUUACUUAUUGGAGAGAACAAGAGGACAACCGGACAUGGAUGUAUAUUGGAUAUGCUUGUCGAAUGGCUGUGGAACUUGGCCUCAACCGAUAUCAUGCAAAACCUCCUGCUCACGAAAACGAUUUCCAGCUUCGUGAAAGGCGGAACAGAGAGAGGACAUACCUCGUCCUCUUUGUGCAUGACCGAAGUCUCAGCAUGCAGACGGGUCGGCAUUGGAUGCUCCCUGAAGAUGACUUUAUAAGGCACUCUGAAACCUGGCAUGAGCAGGGUGGGUCCCCCAUUCGAUGCGAAGAUGUCAUCGUUUCUGCUUUCACGCAACUCCGUCGUAUAGCGGCCGAGGCUACAGACAUGUUCCACACGAACCGGAGUCUUUCGGACGGUGGAAACAGUCAAGUCAAUAUCGAUAUGGUGCUGAAAAACUGCAAUGGGAAGCUUGCACUGUGGACCACUACCUGGGACCAUGAGAUGAGAAAAGCUAACGGAGAGUCUUUUCACUUUUCCUUCACCAAUCUCUUUUGCCUCUAUUCGAGCCUUUUCUUGAAUAGUUUUGGUGUUCAAUCCAGCGUCCCACCCGCAAAUCGCACAAAUAGUCAUGUUCGCGCCUUAUCUGCGUGUUUUGAAAAUGCAUUGAAUGUCUUGGGAAUCGCAUCUAAAGACUUUAGGGAAUUUGGUGUUUUGCGCUACGGACAAGAGACAACCUCCGUUAUGACUGCAUACUCUGCCAUAUUUCUAUUGAAGUUACUCCGCAGCUCUAAUACUCACACAGACUUGCAAUCAGAAUUACCGGAGGGUGCAGCUCAUCAGAUUCAUACUGCAAUCACGAAAACAGCCGAUGCGUAUCAAGAAGCUUCUCACCUUUCGCCCACCUCAACAUCAGCUGCCUACCACGCUCGGUUUCUGUGGAGUCUUGUUCGUAAUGAUAUAGAUCGAGCACGACAAAAUGCUCAAAAAGACAUUCCUAUUGACCCAAACAUUCAAAGUACGUCGUCUCCACGCUAUGUAGUGUAUAUGUUGACAGUUCAUCGUUUGAUUUGUCAGGUUCAUAUACACCAACUGCUCCAUGCGCACCCGAGCAAUUUCCAUGUUCAUCAUCCUCUUCUUUGUUGUCAUAUUCUGCGUAUCCAACGCAGAAUCCUGAUAUGAAUGGCCAGAACGCGCCUUCCGGAGGACCGAACUAUAGUGAUGCGUUAGGCCGUGCUUCUGGCUCAUAUGGCCCUUCAAGUCAACUAUCGUAUAACAUAGGGCAUGUCUCAGAAACCGACUUUCAUUACUACCGCAGUAUGUUAGUCGAGCUUGGUUUCGGAGAGAACGGCACUACCGUUCCUGCCAACGACGGUUUCCGCAACAUUGCCUAUGGAGACACAUCUACUUCUUAUUCCCAGAUUCCAUACGUACACAUAGCACCUAUGGGCCAAAAUGGAUUUGGGACCAGUUGAUGGGAGCGUUCCUUGUUUUGCACUUUUCUUCAUACACGGAAUUUUCUGGCAGCACCUCAGUACCACAGUAGUAUUAGUUUAUGAAUGACUUCAU